AUGCUGGGCCUGUUCCUCUACUCCUGCUGGAGGAGACACAAGGGCCUGAAGGAGAGCGUCUACCACGUAUCAGCCCACCACGGAGAAUGGGAGGACAUCCGAGAGAACGUGCUCAACUAUGACGAGGAGGGCGGAGGGGAGCAGGACCAGGUACAGAUAGACACUGAAUCCCAAAAUAAGCCAGAGUCCCUGGUUACCCCCAUAGGCACUUGUGUAGAACAGAAAGGAUGGGAUCGGUUUAAACUGUAUAAUAAUUGCUUCACCAUACCUUCUGAUAGGCUGGGUGAAGCAUUCACAUAUACAGGAGUGCCUAUAGUGUGUAUGAGCUAGGAGAUGAUUGGGAAUUCAAGGAGACACUGGUAUUCAGAUGGAGGUAGUGAAGCAGGGACAAUACAGCUACUGCUGUUUAGACAGGACAGAGACAGUAGAGGAAAAGUAUGUCCUUCAACACAGCACAACUACCUAUAUCUUAUAGGUCUAUGUAGUGGUUGUAUGAGUCAAUAGUAUGGCUCAUAAGACCACUGCAAUACAGUAGAGUAGAAUACAACUUUAUUGAUUCCCUUAGGGCAAUUAGUAUCAAAGCUACAGCUAUGCAUCAGACACAUACCUGUACAACUACUCACACAGGAGAAACCAUACAAAUCAUAGAUUAACACAAACUAUAUAAACGAAGGAAGCAUGGGAAGAUAUUCACAGUUUACAUAGUAAGUGUUAGUUUGGUAGCACAGCUAGGGGAGGACUGGUGUUGGAAGAUGCUUGGAAAUGAACACCAAACUAAUGAUCUUAGGAGAGUCAGUUAGAGGAAAUGAUGUGAGUAGAUACUACAGAUAAUGAUAGUGGCCUAAAGGCCGUAUUAGCAUGGGCAGCACCAUUGAGGGCUUCCACCAUUAUAAUGUAGUCAACUGGGUGGGACUUCCAACUUCAUUGGCUGAUCCCUCCUGGUGACCCUGUUGGAGUCAUGUCCAACCGGGUCAUCAGGAGGGAUCAGCCAAUCGUGAAGAAGAAAAUAGCCUCAAUAGCGCUUCCCAUGCUGUCACAGACACUAUAAAUAGCACAGAUACAAUUACCAUUAGUCCAUAAUGCCUGUAUUUGUUUAAUUGCGCUGGUAAUAGCACUUUUCCCAACUGCAAUCAGAUAAUUAAUUACAAGUUUGGCCAAUUAAUGGGGCUGUUGCUGCCAACGUUGGUGCUUAGGCCGCAUGUCUUUUUCUUAGGUAGAAAUAAAAAGCAUAGCAGACUGGCAUUUUUCAUAGACAAAUAUGAUUAUAAAUGCAUGUCCUGCUGUUGAGAGUUUUCUAUUAGUCUUUAUAAACAGCUAAUCUCUAAUCAACUCUCUCAUCUUCAUCAGCGCUAUCGAGGAGCAUCUCGCUCCUCGUCUGCUCAUCUCUGUGAUCUUGGUCUCCCUCUCGUCUCUCGCGCUGUCUCUUACCGUCCUUCUCCUCUCUCCUAUCGCUCGCUCUCGCGAGCGAUCCGAGAGCUCUCCAGCGCGCGCAGCACCACUCACUAGUCCAUCGAUCCGCUCUCCUUCGCGAGAGGCGCGGCUCGUACCUGUCGUGUCUCUCUCUGGUCCUCCUCUCGAGAGAGAGUCUCUCCUCGCUCUAGAGCUCUAUAUCUCUCCUCUCUUCGCUGUUCUGUAACACCCCAACCCAAACUCUCUAGCUCUCUCUAGAUCUCUCUCUCGGUCUCUCUCCUCUCUCCUCUCUCUCUCUCUCUCACUCUCACUCUCACUCUCACUCUCUCUCUCCCUCCAGAAUGCCUUCAACAUGGUGGAGUUACAGAGGUCUCUGCAGCCCAGCCCAGCUCAGUCACUGAGAUACAGCUAUCCACAAUGCAUCAUCUCCUACCCUCAGACGACCAAGCCACCGGACCACAAGAAUGGGACCAAACCAAAAGGACCAAACGGACCCAAAAACGGCAGCACGGCGAUCGCCCUGCGCCUGGCCCACCCUCCGUCAGGGUCGGCCACCCUCCCCUCUCCCCUCGCCAUGCGGCGAUCGCACAAGUCCCGGUCCUUCUCCAGUCAGGACCUGGCCCGCUACCUGUGUGAGGUCAUAAGGGACACGGACCGCCCCCUGUUGGACAACCCUGGCUACAUGACCUCACCGCGUCUCCUGUCCAAUAGGGGGCAGCAUGGUUGGCUGGCUGUGCGCUCACUUAGUUCCCUCAGUGCUGGAGGUCAGGGGUCAGAGGUUAGGAUUCAGGGGAGUCAGGAGAGCCUGGAGCGUCAGAGAGCCCAGAGCCCAUGGCUGGACAGCCUCAAAGCCCUACGAGCUGUAGUCAGUGAGCUCAGAGUGGACGCUGCUGUAGACUCUGCUGCCGCCAAGAACACAGAGGGACAGAAGGACGAAGUGGAGAGGGAGACCAAGGGGCAGCCCAACUGUGAGAAGAGCGGAUGA